UUCUGCCCGCAUCAACAUUCGAGACCACAGAACUAUUGACUCCAACCUCAAAAAGGAGUCUAACGAGACCAUGGAUCCGGUUCUCCGCCGCCGCGGUGUCCUGAUCCUCCUCCUCCUGUUCCAGAUCGCGUUUCUUCAAGCGGCAGCCGAGGUCGUCACCCUAACAACCGAGACCUUCAGUGACAAGGUAAAGGAGCAGGAUACUGUAUGGUUUGUGCAAUUUUGUGUUCCCUGGUGUAAACACUGUAAGAAUUUAGGAACACUCUGGGAGGACUUAGGCAAGGCUGUGGAAGGGGAAGAUGAAAUCGAAAUUGGACAAGUUGACUGCAGUUUAAACAAACCAAUAUGCUCCAAAGUCGAUAUUCAUUCUUAUCCUACAUUUAAGAUUUUCUAUGAUGGAGAAGAAUUUGCCAAAUAUAAAGGGCCCAGAACAGUGGAGUCACUUAGAUCUUUUGUACUGGAAGAGGCAGAGAAAGCUGCACAAAAAAAGAUGGAAGGGGAUAGUGACUCCUCAUAGGGUAUUGUUACUUAGCUAUUUGUAACCCAUAGCAUGUAUCUUACUGUUUUUUUUGUAUUUGUACUGUAAAAUCCUUGCUAUCAUAGUUGUGGAAUAAUUCACUUUAGUUUUAGUGCUCGUUGAAAGGAUCAUGUUAUUGACACUCAGAAAUUAAAUUGCUGAAAAUAUUGGUGAACUCCAUGAUGUGAUUUCCUUGGAGGUAAAAAUUUGUAUUGAGAAAUUCUCGUUUA